AUGACCCAAAACGGAGUGCCACGGUGCCUCAAAGUGUCAGCCAUCGUAGGGGCCACGUUUACACUGUUCCUGCUCCUGCUGAAUCACGAUCUGGGCUCCUACCUAGGGCCUCUGACGCCGAAAAAGGCCCUUUAUCUGCUGCCCAAGAUACAGAACGCACAGACAUCUGUUUCAUCCCCGUCGGCCUCGCCCUCCACCCCUGCGAGUCAUGAGGACGAGGGUGUUGCUCGGAGGUUUCGUGAAAGGAAGGUGUUCAAGGAGGAGAUGUGCCGGAGGAUGAACACCAGUGGGAAAAUAAUAACAGAUUACUUUAUGUAUUACAACAAAGAACACAAGCUUCUUUUGUGCGCUCCUCCUAAGACAGGCUGCAGUUCGUUGAAACGCCAUCUGUUACGUUUAGCUGGAGUUCCUGAAAUGGUUAAUGUCCACUCGGAACAAGCAAGAAGAGCUCUAUCAGUUAGCCAGGUCUUAGGGGCUGACUUAUACAAAGUACUGCAAUCUACCUUUCCGGCGACCCGAGUGAUGGUGGCCAGGCAUCCCUUGGACCGCCUCGUGUCUGGCUUCAAAGACAAGUUCAGAAACGGGGAUAAGGUCACUGGCACAUGGGCGAAAUACAUGACGAGGUACAGGCAGCGUCGUGGAUUCGACACAAGCAACAUGACUUUAACCUUCCGUCAGUUCCUGGAAAUGAUUGCAAACAUAAUGGAAACAUUUGGGAGAAAUAAAAGUGACCGACACUUCCGCCCAACCACCCUUCUGUGUUCCCCCUGCAGCGUCAGAUAUGAAUACAUAUUCCACACAGAAACUCUAACGCAAGAUCUUCAGCACACCGUGGAUAAACUCAAUAUCGCAGGCAUCGAUCUUGAUUUACGUCUAAACAGUAGGACACGAAAAUCUUCGUAUGAAGAUUAUUAUAAAAAUAUUCCUGCUAGUCUAAUGGGAAGGAUAUACGCACUCUACAAGGAAGACUUUCUUAUUAAUAACUUUACAGUACCUGCCUUCUUGAGAGGUGUAAUCCAAGGUGAUAGUGUAUAGAUGUUACGGGACCGUUGUGUACUAGAAUACCUUAUACGGUGUACAUAAAUUAUAAUUCAAUAUCUGACUCUAGAAUAUUUUCAAGUCCCGAUAUAAUGCCACAAAAGUUAUUUCAUCAAUCAUAAACUUUAUGUUAUAUCUAGAAAUUAGCAAAAUCAUUUUUUGUCCUCUAGAUUUCAAGGAUAGCCUAUCAAUUUAAGAGUAUUUACUAGAUAUUUGAACAUGAAUAAGCAAAGCAAAACUUUGACACCUGUCACUAUAUUCAUUAUUUAGUUUUGAUACACCUAAUACCUUUCUCAUUAUUUGGCCUAAAGUCAAAUGAACUGAACUUUGGUCAACAUAUGGAAAGCGGAUGAACGAAUCAUUGUUAGACUUCUAACGUCAUAAUUACUUCCUCAUUCAACCAACGUGUUCAACGAUCCAUAGCAGGGAUGGAUUACGACAAGACAU